AUGGGCAACACCUGCUACCUCAACAGCGCCGUGCAGUGCCUCUCGCAGACUGCAUCCCUACUGCAGAGCCUGCAACGAGAUAGCGACCAGGUGCAGCUCGGCGCCGUCUCCCGCGCCUUCUUGGCCACGGUUCGCAGCCUUUGGAGCACCUCGACGCUGGAACCGGCUGUGCCAGGACAGCUCAAAGCCAGCGUAUCAGCCUCCAGCGCCAGCAACAAGAUCUUUGCCGGCGGCUCACAGCAGGAUGCGCAAGAGUUUCUGCAGGCUUUACUGGAAGCCCUGGACCGUGAUUUGACGGAGGGACAGCAGGCGGCGGAAGGCACCUCGUUGAUCUCUGACAUCUUCGAAGGACAACUUUGCUCAGAAGUACGUUGCAGCGCUUGUCAAGGCGUGGAUCAAACCUGCGACUCUUUCUGGUCGCUGCCGUUGCCUCUCCCGCCAGCUGGAAGGGCCUCGCUUGCGAGCAUCUUGCAGACGUUUUGCAGCGAGGAGGCUUUGGAGGCAGGGAAGAAAAAGAAGAAACUUGAUAAACGUGAUACUCUGUAG